AUGGACUUUAAAUCGGCAUUUUGGCAACUUGAACUCCACCCAGAUUCCCGAUACCUUACGGUGUUCCACGCAAACGAUAAACUAUGUCGAUAUAAGCGACUCGCCAUGGGCGUAAAGUCAGCACAAGGAGAACUUAACAUGGCUCCUCAACCGCUUUUCGCACAUAUUCCACAAGCACAUCUCAUCCAUGAUGACCUUAUUGUUGCAACAGAAACCGAUGCAGAACACCAUUCCGCGAUUACUGCCGUCAUGCAAGCCAUCACUAACGCUGGUAUAACCCUUAAUCCAAGCAAGUGCACUUUCGGAGCCACUGAGAUCGAAUUCUGGGGUUUGCGUAUUGGUUCCGCAGGAGUACGACCAGAUCCCGCCAAAGUGGAAGCACUAAAGCACAUCACACCGCCUCGAUCAAAGGAACAAUUGAUCAGUUUUCUCUGUAUGAUGCAGUCCAAUGCCGAUUUCAUUCCAAACUUCGCACAACACGCGGCCAAACUGAGAGAACUGACCAAGAAAAAUAGUCGAUUCACAUGGACGAAAGAACACCAUGCCGCUUACGAAGCAUUAAUCGAACGAUUCACAGUAAAUACCCUACUCGAGUAUUUUGACAUGAGCAAGCCAACUUUCAUUUUCACCGAUGCACACACUACUGGACUUGGGGCCAUGCUGGCAUAA